GCAGCCUCGCCGCUGCUUGCAUCGCUCAGGGCUUGGUGGCCGCGCAGCUCCCCGGGCCCCGAGCGGCUCCAGCACCGGGCAGCUCCAGCUCGGCUGCAAAAGUUACUGGGUAGCGGCUGCCACGGCCGGGACUGGAGUGGCCCGAGAGGGGUGUGAACAAGCCGGGGCUGCAUCUUCUGGGAGUCGCCGGGGCUCCUGCCCCCCGCUCCCACCUCCCAGCCCGGCUCUCCCCCGCGGGUGGCUGUCGGAAGGAUGCUUGUUUGGGAGCACGCACGGUCAAGUCGCCCCCCUCCAGCGCGGCUGCGGACCCCCCGGUAACGCGCGCGCCCCGUGCCCUCGCCUCUCCGGAAACUGCCAAGCGCGCACUUGCGCCCGAACUCUCGGCCAGCUGGAAACUUCUCUCCGCGCGGCGCAGGGGCUCGGUGUUGUUGCUAAUGAGCCCUCUCCCCACCCCCCUCUCUCCAAUGAAAGACAAGCCAGGCCCCAGGUACCUAGAUGGACUGAAAGCUAAAGUCGUAGAAACUUCAUAGCUGGAGGGUUGUUACACAGUUGUGUCGAGCACAUCACACAUUGAGGGCCCUUUAAAGACCUGGAUUGAUUGGAAGGACAAAAAUUAAAAGCAAUCUGAUCCAGCCCCAUGCCGGAUCCCUGCGGAUUCUCUCCUUAUCCCAUUUCCACCCACUGUCACAAUUUGAGAGUCUGCCUGAUUUGAUCAGAUUCACCUCCGGGGGAGGUGUUCACGCCAAGGUUAGGUGGACGCCAAGUUCGGCAACUUCUUGAUCUGCCUGCCCAUCAGCAGUCUGAAAACGCUGGCUCUGAAUUUUCCGUUGUGGCCUUCUAGAAAAAACAAGUUCCUCGCUGUUUGCAAACCUGCGGCGCUCAAGCCUCUGGGACAUCCCGGCCACUGCCGCCUGGUAGAUGUGACUUUUCCAUGCUGAGGCCGCAAGUCCCCCCUGAGCGCGCCGCAGCCUUCCCAGGGCGUCUCUGGGCCGCGCCCCUGCGGCCUGCACAGCCAUGCUGCACCUGCUGCCGCUCCUCCUGCACUGCCUGGCGCCGGCCUCUGGGGACUACGACAUCUGCAAAUCCUGGGUGACCACGGACGAGGGCCCCACCUGGGAGUUCUACGCCUGCCAGCCCAAGGUGAUGCGCCUGAAGGACUACGUCAAGGUGAAGGUGGAGCCGAAGGGCAUCACGUGCGGGGACCCCCCGGAGAGGUUCUGCUCCCACGAGAACCCCUACCUGUGCAGCAACGAGUGUGAUGCCUCCAACCCCGACCUGGCGCACCCGCCGCGGCUCAUGUUCGACCGGGAGGGCGAGGGCCUGGCCACCUACUGGCAGAGCGUGACCUGGAGCCGCUACCCCAGCCCGCUGGAGGCCAACAUCACGCUGUCGUGGAACAAGAGCGUGGAGCUGACCGACGACGUGGUGAUGACCUUCGAGUAUGGCCGGCCCACGGCUAUGGUCCUGGAGAAGUCGCUGGACAAUGGGCGCACGUGGCAGCCCUACCAGUUCUACGCCGAGGACUGCAUGGAGGCCUUCCGCAUGGCCGCGCGCCGCGCCCGCGACAUGUCCUCGUCCAGCGCCCACCGCGUGCUGUGCACCGAGGAGUACUCGCGCUGGGCCGGCUCCAAGAAGGAGAAGCACGUGCGCUUCGAGGUGCGGGACCGCUUCGCCAUCUUCGCGGGCCCUGACCUGCGCAACAUGGACAAUCUGUACACGCGGCUGGAGAGCGCCAAGGGCCUCAAGGACUUCUUCACGCUCACCGACCUGCGCCUGCGCCUGCUGCGGCCCGCGCUGGGCGGCACCUACGUGCAGCGCGAGAACCUGUACAAGUACUUCUACGCCAUCUCCAACAUCGAGGUCAUCGGCAGGUGCAAGUGCAACCUGCAUGCCAGCCUGUGCUCAGUGCGUGAAGGCAGCCUGCAGUGCGAGUGUGAGCACAACACCACUGGCCCCGACUGCGGCAAGUGCAAGAGGAACUUCCGCACACGCGCCUGGCGUGCUGGCUCCUACCUGCCGCUGCCCCACGGCUCCCCCAAUGCCUGUGCAGCUGCAGGCUCUGCCUUCGGCAAGUGGACCAGGCCAUCUACAGUGACCCCCUCUGGGCAGGGCCCCUGCUGGCCCCAGGUGUCCUCUGGGUCUGAAGCUGCGGGCACCUCCGUCACUGCCCCUGCCCCUGCCAAGGGCUCCAAACUUCUCCAGCUAAAGCCCAAAUCUCCUCGGGUGGUGCCCAUGGAGGAGUUCCCAGACUGUGAGUGCUAUGGCCACUCCAACCGCUGCAGCUACAUCGACUUUCUGAACGUGGUGACCUGCGUCAGCUGCAAGCACAACACUCGAGGCCAGCACUGCCAGCACUGCCGGCUGGGCUACUACCGCAACGGGUCGGCUGAGCUGGAUGACGAGAACGUGUGCAUUGAGUGUAACUGCAACCAGAUCGGCUCCGUGCAUGACCGCUGCAACGAGACCGGCUUCUGCGAGUGCCGCGAGGGCGCGGCGGGGCCCAAGUGCGACGACUGCUUGCCCACGCACUACUGGCGCCAGGGCUGCUACCCCAACGUGUGCGACGACGACCAGCUGCUGUGCCUGAACGGGGGCACGUGCCUGCAGAGCCAGCGCUGCGCCUGCGCGCGCGGCUACACCGGCCUGCGCUGCGAGCAGCCGCGCUGCGACCCAGACGGCGGCGGCCUGGACUGCGACCGCGCGCCGGGCUCCCCGCGCCCCGCCGCCCUGCUCGGCUGCCUCCUGGGGCUCGGGCUGGCGGCGCGGUUGGGCGGCUGAGCCGCGGUGCUGCGCCCGGCCGCCCCCGCCCUUUGGCGCCCCUCCCUGUUCCUCCUCUUCCCCUUUCCUCCCUUCCCCUCCUUUCUGUUCUUCCCCUUCCCCUUUCCUUGCCACCUCUCCCUGGCGGGGGCUCGGUGCUCGCCCGGCCUGCCCCGCCCCAGGACCUUCCAGGCCCAGCCCUGGCCUCCACCAGCCAGCAGCCCCAACUCCAGCUGCCUACAAUUCCAGUCGCUGACUUGGUUCUCUUUUGUAUUCUUUCUUUAUUUUCCUUUGCAACCCACCAGACCCCAGGCCUCAGGGGCCUCCUGGCGGAGAACUGACCGUCUGGGUAGGGUAGAGAGGAGGGUUGGGUGGGGUGACUUCCUUUUUUAGAGAACUGUUUUGUUUGUAUUAACUGUCCCCUGUAAGGAGGGACUUGGGUGGGCGCUGGUCACCGAAGCGGCAGACGAUGUAUAACCAGGCUGAGUAAAGACUGUUCACUGCU